AUGGGGACCCCAGCCUCUGUGGUGAGUGAACCGCCCCCUUGGCAGGCCCCAAAUGUGUCCCGAGGUCGCAAGCAGGCCUCAGCCAACAUCUUCCAGGACGCCGAGCUGCUGCAGAUCCAGGGUCUGUUUCAGCGCAGUGGGGACCAGCUGGCUGAGGAGAGGGCGCAGAUCAUCUGGGAGUGUGCAGGGGACCACCGGGUGGCGGAUGCCUUGAAGCGCCUGCGCAGGAAGAAGCCGCCCCGGCAUAAAUCCCUGGGUCACUCCCCCCACCACUGCAGCCGCCUUAGAGUCCCAGAGCUCCGCUCUCCACUGGUCGACCCACAGAGUGGUGCCGCAGAGACAGCCACCAGUGAGCAGUAUCCACACUCUAGGAGGACAAGUGCCAGGAUCCGCCAGAACUGGGGGAAGCCAGGCCCUGCAAGCUACCUCCACCAGAUCAGACACUGA